GUUCUCCGCCAUUAGCGCUAUAGCAGCAGUAUAAUAGCUAGUCUAGUAUAGUAGUAGCUAGCUAAGAUAAACAGUGCCAAAAAUGAGCAAGCUAGACAAGUGUGUGAACUCUGCUGCUGUGCAAACGUUGCUUCUUGUGCUGCUAUCAGUGUCAGUUCGUUCAGAAGUAGAUCCACAAGUGUGCAACUACACUACACCAAGCUCAGUAAAAGUAUGUGAGGUCCCAAUCUGUGAUAAUUCGGAACAAAAACCAAUACUCUAUUUUCUGGUCAUGGGCCCUUAUCCUAGAACCCCUGAGGAUCCUGGGAAUCAACCCAGCUGGCGUGGAGGCCCUGCAGUCAUCCCAGGAGCCUUGCUAGCUGCUGAGCACAUAAACUGUGAUUCCAGGAUUCUACCCGACUAUCAUAUCAAGGUGAUAAUCUCCGAUGGUGGUUGUAACCUAACAAACAUAAGAGCUUUGGUGAAUAUCACAACAAAUAUUUUCCUAAACCAGAGCAAUGUAUCAGAUGGGAAUGUAGUCGGGAUUAUUGGUGGAGCAUGUUCUGAGUCAACGAUUCUUGUGGCUGAGCUAGUUGCGCGUGAUUCUCUCAGCUUAGUGCAAAUUGCUCCUAGUGCUACCUCUCCUAUAUUUGUCCAAAAUCAGAGAGACUAUAGCAAUACCAUACGACUAACUGUGAAUGCUUUACUGUUUGUGAAUGUGUUCAAGGAAAUCAUCGUGAAAAACGGUUACUCUGAUGUGGCAAUUCUUUAUGAUUCUGACCGAAGUUACCAUAUAUCAGUUGCCAAUGACUUCCAAACGGCUUUGGGAGAUGUUGGUAUUAAAGCUAAAAGCGAGGCUGUUUCUACAACUCGUUUAAUGGAGCCACUAAAAGAACUGAGAAAUGAGAAUAGACUGAUAUUUGUUUUUGCUGGAAGAGGAAUCUCUCUUAAGAUUUUAUGCUUGGCUUAUAAUUUGGAUAUGGUAUUUCCAAACUAUCAGAUUAUAUUCAUUAACCGAAGAAUGAACAAUUUCAUACAUAACUAUACUCUUAUCAAUGACCCUGACACUGGAAAAAAUAUAUACAAUUGUUCUAUAGAUGAUAUGAAAGCUGCACUGCCAACAGCCACUCUCUUCGAGCCACGAGUGACUAGAGCAGACCAAGACACUAAGACUUUCAGUAAUUACACCUAUAAUGAAAUUGAGUGUCAGUACAAUAAAACUCUUGAAGACCACAAGCACUUUCUCUGUCUACCAAAAGUAACAGACACGGAGUAUCAAAAUGCAUACUAUGAUUCUACUUGGGCCUUAGCAAUGAGUUUGCAUAAUGCUCAACCUGAAGUAAAUUUGACUGGCUAUAAAUAUGGUCAGCCAAGCAAUACUAAAGUAAUCUUAAGCAAGUUCUUCGAUCUUUCGUUUGAGGGAGCAUUUGGAAAAGUGCAGUUCAAUAACAGAACUUACGAUACUGAAGACGUCGCCAUUGUGAAUAUAUUCCAGCAGAGGAACUUUACAGGUGAUUCUGAUAACAUUACUUCACAAGUUGUUGCAUUUUACAACUCUGAAACAAAAAUCACCACUACCGAGGAUACAGCUAUCUUUAUCAACUCAUCUGUGUUUGAAAAAGAAGAGCCAAAAUUAAUGCUUCCUCCCAAGGAAUUAGGCUGGACUGUAAUAGCCUUUGUUAUAGUAAUUGUGAUUGUGAUAGUGGUACUGCAUUGCUUGAAUGGAACUGUUUCAGACCUUAAACAUGUCAAAGCUACUAGCCCACAAUUGAAUCAUCUCAUUUUUUCUGGCUGUUACCUCAUGCUGAUCGGUGUUCUGGCCUACACUUACGUGUCUGUAUUUUUUGAUGAUGGUGAUGAACUCAAUCGACUUUGGUUUAGUGUAGCAUGCAAUAUUCAAGCUUGGGUAUCAAAUCUUGCGUUUUCUCUAAUCUUUGGAACGAUCUGCAUGAAAACUUUGAGAAUUUAUCGAAUUUUUAAUCACUUUAGUUCCAGUCCAAUAAAAGGUGCUGGUGAUUCGGCUCUGAUUGGUUUUGUUGUAUUCUUAGUGUUGUUAGAUGCUGCUUUUCUUUUAACCUGGGCUGCAAUUGACCCUUUGCAUCUUUUCGUACAAGGAACAAGCUCCAAAGUCGUCAUGUGUAACUCCACAGAUAUUCGUCCUUGGAUCAUCACACUAUUGCUAAUUAAAGGAAUUUUAAUGAUAUGUGUAUUAUUUCUUUCCAUAAAAACUCGGAAGAUUAACAAAAGGGAGUUCAAGCAAACGAAAGCUAUUAACACUUUUUUGUACAUUCAAAUCUUCACUCUCGCAUUAGGGAUCACGCCAUAUGCAAUCAUUAAUGCCAGUCAAACUGUUGAUCUCAACUCUAUCAUUGCAGCGUAUGUACUGUAUUGUGGAGCAUACAUAUUAGCGACUAUUUUUUGUGUAAUUUUCAUCUUUAUACCUCCGAUCUAUCCACAUGUUAGACGAAAGUGGGCGGCUUGGACCAGUUACGUUGAAUAGUUUUCUUUUUGUAUGACCACCUGUAUAUGAUCUUUCAGUUGCUAUGAUCUUUGUUUGUUUUACAUGAA